AAAGUCAAAAAGCAGAACGAGAACCAGGACGAGGGACCAACUUUUUACACUAGUGAACCGCUUUACUAUGGUGACAUCUCCGUGUUGUUGCUUCUAUAAUUGUGUCCUCGGCAAAGUAAGACAUGCGAAACAACGAAUUUGGAACUACAACGAACGUGCUAGAGUGUAAGAAAGGUUUCGGAAACUGUGAAUGAAAAAGCAUGCCUAGUCUCGAGGACUCAGCGUUUUCUCGUGUAGUAUCGAAGCAGUCUGCGCAAGAGCAGUCCGUAUCGGCAUCAAAAAUGGCCGCCUCUCCCGAGGCCGCAGGCGUCGUAAAAAUUGCGCCGAAGUAUGUAAUUAAGCCCGCCAAAGAUGUAGAGCCAGCAGAAGUAUUUUGCUGCCGCUUUUCCCCAGAUGACAGCAUGCUCGCAGUCUCGUACGCAGAUGGAACUAUUCGCGUCUUCGAUGCUGACACAGGCGCUGAAGAGUUCACGCUUAACAACCGCCAAGAUGCUGGUGCGGAAACGGAGUCUCCAAGAGGCGAGGGGGAGGAAGAUGCUCUUGUCAAAGCGUAUAGAUACAUAGACAUAUUCAUUCAUUGUGUUGCUAAAUAGUCCCGUCGACAGUUUCGGAAUACUGAGCUGGGCAACAUUCCGCUACAUUGUGUUGCGGAUCUAAUCAGCCAGCUAGUUGCAUGUAAGUUAUUUCCAUCAUAGUUCCCUCUCCCACUGGGCCACGGUGUCUGACUCGUGUACAUAUCUUUCCUACAGAAUGCAACCACCAACAUUUCCGACAACGCAAGUGCGAUGGCGACCAUCGGGAUCUGAAAGUCGCACUAAAAACGUUCUGAUAUCUGUAAACGCAGAAAAUGACGGUGAGGUGCAGCACUGGCACAUAAAGAGUGGGAAGUGCCUCCACACAAUCGAAGAAGCAGGUACUUUAUCAAGAUGACUACAACAGGGUGCACUACCUCUGAAGAUUCUUUCAGCAUAAUGCGAAGUUCAGAAAGGAUGAAAGCCGAAGGCUAACAGCUGCGCGACAUCUUCUUCUAGAACUACAAAGGAAAUCAUGUGACAUCAACUUAUAGAAGGUUAGACAAUCUUCAAUAUUCUUGAAAAUACCACUAGGUAACCAAAUAUUCUGCUUGGAUUACUACUAUAAUGGAUCGAUAUUUGCGACUGCGGGGCGUGAUUACAAAGUUCGAGUGUAUGACGAGGCAACAAAGCGGCUAACAACGACUCUUGAGGGUGGAGAUAUGCAAAAAACAGCAGGGCACUCGAAUAGGGUUUUCUCCGUCAAAUUCCAUUCAAGCAAUCCAAACCUUUUGGUCUCUGCAGGAUGGGAUAACACGGUACUUGCAUUUUGACGGCUGACGGUUCCGAUGUUUCCAGCCCUCGAGCUCUUCAGCCAUGAUCAUCAUGCCACACCUGCUUAGAGACCUGAAGUAGAACGAUCAUGAUGAUAAGCGCCAAGCUCUGGCACUAAAUGUAUAGAACGAGAGAAAGUUAGGUCGAAGAUUUUCAUUCACUUCAGGUCCAAAUUUGGGAUACGCGGAAGGGACAAAGUGUCCGUAGCAUCUAUGGUGCAUACAUUUGCGGUGAUGCUAUCGAUUUGAACGACGAAAGCAGUGAUAUUUUGACUGCAUCCUAUCGAACGACGGUACUGCGACUUCUUUGCUGAAGAGGUCUCUUGUAUCCCAUUUCUACAUAUACAUAGAUACCAAUCCUCUAGCGUCAGUUCGCGGUGUCCCGAAUAAUUGCAGUAGACGAUGGAACACAGCUCUUGAGCUUGUGAUUCUAUAAUUUUGCCUCUUUCUUAUUCUCCAUGUCCACCAUUUUUAUCGCCAUUUCUUUGACGUUCUUGAACUUCAAUCCCAGGACACGCUGCAAGUAUGGGAUUUCGGUACUGGACAGCUGAAGGAUACGAUUCCGUGGCGACCUCAGGGUCAUCUCUCUAGUAACGAAUGCAUGGCGUUUACCGCUGAAUACUCGAAGCCUGGGUCUAGGUAGAUAUUUAAUCACGUUUCUUUUCAUGACCGAUGUUUAUAUAUGUUCCAGGGCGCGGGGCGACGGCCCCCCCCCUAAUGCCGGGCGCCCUGGACCCCUUUUUCAGGCGUCUGCCGGGGGAGGGGAGACCUCAAAAGGGGGCCCAGUGACCUCCCCCCCUCCGCUCCCUUCCAGCUGCCUGGCUGUUCCCUAGGGGCCUCCGAUGGUGGUGGGAGGCUUCAAAAGGGGCCCAAGGGACCGCCUGCGCCCCCGUCCAGGUGCCUGCCUGUGCCCUAGGUGCAUCCGUUAGGCUUCGCCGCCGCAGCCGUGCCGCCUGUACCCUCCGGGCCCUUGGUCAUCUGCUUGCUUGCUCUUGCGACCGUGGCCGCCUUCGGCGGCCUUUUACCCCGGAGGCCUCCCGCCUGCGAGGGUCAGCAGAGGCCAGGAGGCCCCUCAGGAAUACGCUGAGAGGCCCAAGGGGAGGCCCGCGCCAAGUUUUGACGCCUUCCAUCACUAGAAUCCGCGCGGAAAAGCGCGCACGCGCGCCACCACAGAGCAGACCACAGGGGGGGAAGGGGGGCCGUCCGGCCCUGCGUCAUAUAUAGCAUGUGAUCGAGCCACGGCGUUUCCGAAUCCAUUGGCGCGAGCAUGAAACAUGUAAGCAGGCGCUGAGUGAACAGAGAUUAAAGUCAAUUUUUCUUGUUGCUCUUCUUCAUCUAGGUACAUCAUUGCAGGCGGGUCGCAAAACAACGAAGCAAAAGUGUUUGAUGCGAAGUCGCACCAGUGCCUUGGUGUGGUCUCUACGCCCAAACCGGUUUUCAGUCUAAACUUCAACGCAGCUGCGACUGCAUUCGUCGUUGGGUCUGCGGAUGGAUGCGUCAGGGUCCUCAACUUCCCAAAGUUCCACUAGUGACAACGAGUGAAGACGUCCCUACUUUGACAGUACUUUCCUUGGUCGGGAUUGUUCGACAGAAAUUAUUAUGGAAGUAGUACAUGAUCGACCCAGUAGUCGGUUUGGAGUUGGUGGACACCAAUGAAUGUUAUAUAUAGUACGAUUUCAUCCCGUUGGUUAUCCUGGCUAUCUUGAUGUUGUACAAAUGAGUACUUGCAGUUCCAUUUUUAGGAAGUGGUUCUUGUUUUCAAACAGGACGAAACGAAAAUGUUUGCAUCUUCGGAAUCAAUCGGUGGAUUGUAUAGAUUUGAGGAAUUAUCGAUGUCAGCAGAUGUGCUUCUAGAAUAAGGCAAGUACAACUAGCACUCAAUUUACUUUGAAACUAUUUCGACUUGAGAGAGAAACUCUUCACUGUGAAAAUAACAAGAAACUCAAAUUACCAUCUUCUCGAACACAAACUGCCGCAAGAGCAGCUAGUGUAUGAUUGUAAAAUUUACUAGGACAUCAACAACAAUAUUUCACAACAUAGCCUGCACCCGCCAGGUUCUUGUAAGAAAGAAAUACUCAGUGAGAGAGACCGAGUACGAAAUCAAAAUUAGGAUAGCGUCCGACAAGCAGUUAUCCUUAUCUUCGACAGUUGAACGAAGUUCGAGAAUUGGAUCUAUCAAAUACUUCCCGCUUGGCGCUACAUACGAAGGCCAUCUGUAUGGAGGCUCUACUCCACGUUGCGAUAAUUUGAGACAGAAUAAGU